CGCGGCCCCGCCUCCCCAGGGCCCCGGGCCGCCGGCAGGGGCUGCCCGGGGAGUCAGUUGCGGCGGCGGGGAGCUCGGCGGCAGGCGGUCCGGGGCGCCGGGGCCAUGCCGAGGAAGAAGCCCUUCAGCGUGAAGCAGAAGAAGAAGCAGCUGCAGGACAAGCGGGAGCGGAAGCGAGGGCUCCAAGAUGGGCUUCGCUCCAGUUCCAACAGCCGCAGCGGGAGCCGGGAGCGGCGGGAGGAGCAGACCGACACCUCGGAUGGGGAAUCCGUGACCCAUCAUAUCCGCAGGCUCAACCAGCAACCAUCCCAGGGGCUGGGGCCGAGAGGUUACGAUCCCAACCGAUACCGGCUGCAUUUUGAACGGGACACCCGGGAGGAGGUGGAGAGGAGAAAGAGAGCAGCCAGAGAGCAAGUGUUGCAGCCUGUCAGUGCUGAAAUGCUCGAGCUGGAUAUCCGGGAAGUCUACCAGCCUGGCUCAGUCCUGGACUUCCCCCGCCGUCCUCCUUGGAACUAUGAGAUGUCCAAGGAACAGCUAAUGAGCCAAGAGGAGCGGAGCUUCCAGGAAUACCUUGGGAAGAUACAUGGCGCGUACGCUUCGGAGAAACUCAGCUACUUUGAGCACAAUCUGGAGACAUGGAGGCAGCUGUGGCGGGUGUUAGAGAUGUCUGACAUCGUCUUGCUCAUCACUGACAUCCGACAUCCGGUUGUGAACUUUCCACCAGCACUUUAUGAGUAUGUAACUGGAGAACUUGGGCUGGCCCUGAUCCUGGUCUUGAACAAGGUGGAUCUGGCCCCGCCGUCCCUCGUGGUUGCCUGGAAGCAUUACUUUCACCAGCACUACCCCCAGCUCCACAUUGUCCUGUUCACCUCCUUCCCUCGGGACACUAGAACUCCACAGGAGCCUGGUAGUGUCUUGAAGAAGAGUCGGAGGCGGGGGAGAGGAUGGACUCGGGCGCUGGGGCCAGAGCAGCUGCUGAGAGCCUGUGAAGCCAUCACUGUGGGGAAAGUGGACUUGAGCAGCUGGCGUGAGAAGAUCGCUAGGGAUGUGGCCGGGGCUUCCUGGGGCAACGGCUCUGGGGAGGAAGAAGAAGAGGAAGAUGGGCCAGCAGUCCUGGUGGAGCAGCAGACGGACUCGGCGAUGGAGCCCACGGGCCCCUCCAGGGAGCGCUACAAGGACGGGGUGGUGACCAUCGGCUGUGUGGGUUUCCCCAAUGUGGGGAAGUCCUCGCUGAUCAACGGGCUGGUGGGGCGGAAGGUGGUGAGUGUCUCCAGGACGCCAGGCCAUACCCGGUACUUCCAGACCUACUUCCUCACCCCCUCUGUGAAGCUCUGUGACUGUCCAGGCCUUAUCUUCCCCUCUCUGCUGCCCAGGCAGCUGCAGGUUCUGGCUGGGAUCUACCCCAUCGCCCAGAUCCAGGAGCCCUACACCGCCGUGGGUUACCUGGCCUCCCGCAUCCCGGUGCAGGCUCUGCUGCACUUGCGCCACCCAGAGGCAGAGGACCCUUCAGCUGAGCACCCCUGGUGUGCCUGGGACAUCUGCGAAGCUUGGGCAGAGAAACGCGGUUAUAAAACAGCCAAGGCAGCUCGUAAUGAUGUAUACAGAGCGGCCAACAGCCUCUUGCGACUGGCAGUGGAUGGCCGCCUCAGCCUGUGUUUCCACCCUCCUGGUUACAGUGAACAGAGAGGCACCUGGGAGUCCCAUGCAGAGACUGCAGAGCUGGUGGUGUUGCAGGGCAGGGUGGGGCCCGCAGGUGAUGAGGAGGAGGAAGAAGAGGAAGAGCUGAGCAGCUCCUGCGAGGAGGAAGGAGAGGAGGACCGGGAUGCAGAUGAAGAGGGAGAAGGAGAGGAGGACACCCCAACCUCAGGUCCUGGGUCCUGCUUGGCUGCCCGCAACCCGUAUGCUCUGCUGGGCGAGGACGAGUGCUGAGCCCCACCCGUCCCUUUCCCUCUCAGUAGCUUUGCUUGUGGACUGAGCUGGAGGCCUUCCUCGUUUGCCACCCUGAUUGUGAAUAAAGAUUGUCUGCUUUGUA